CUGAACAUCAUUCACUUCAAUGAUGUUUAUAAUUUGGCGCCUCGAUAUUCGGAACCAGUUGGUGGUGCCGCGAGGUUCAUUUCGGCGGUGGAAGCCCUCAAUCACUUGAACCCUCUCGUCAUCUUCAGUGGAGAUGCUCUCAACCCGUCUGCUCUUAGUGCAGUUACUAAAGGCCGACAGUUCAUACCAAUAUUUAGCAUGCUGAAUGUGAGCUGUGCUGUUUAUGGCAAUCAUGAUUUUGAUUUUGGAGCGGAUAAUCUGAUGAAUGUGGUAGAACAGAUGAACUUCCCGUGGCUGCUGAGUAAUGUACAUGACAUUAUGACAGGUCAGCCCCUUGCACAGGCACACAAAAAAAUUGUCAUUGAGUGGGCGAACAAAAGGAUUGGGUUUAUGGGUCUCAUUGAGAAGGAAUGGUUGGAUGCUGUCAGUACAAUUGAUGAGAUUGAUGUGGAGUACAUUGAUUACAUUACGCAAGGCAACCAAAUAGCUAGAUAUCUAAGGGAGCAUGAUAGGGUUGAUUAUGUCAUAGCACUAACCCACAUGAGGUGGCCAAAUGACCUCAACCUGGCCAAACACUGCCAGGGUAUUGACCUCAUUCUUGGAGGUCACGAUCAUGAUUAUGAUGUCAGAAAGGUGAGGGAUGUUUAUAUUGUGAAAAGUGGAACAGACUUCCAGCACUUUUCACUGAUUAACAUAGCAUUUGACCAGCACAGCAGGACUCGAGUUAAAAUUGAAUGCAAGCAGAUAACAUCUGACAUCCCUGAAUCCCCUGCUGCUCUCACCGUCAUCGAGCACUUUGAUAGUACUUUUGAUCUAUCAAUGUACCAACCACUUGGUAACGUCCUGACAGACAUGGACGGCAGACACACAAUUGUCAGGAUGCAAGAAUCAAGUCUAGGCAACUUCAUAACAGACAUCAUCAGUACGGGGAUCAAAUGUGAUGGAGUCAUACUGAACUCGGGAGCGUUCAGAUCCAACAGGAUACAUCAAGCUGGACCCUUCACGUACAAGGAUAUGUUUGCAAUCGUGCCCAUGAUGGAUAGUCUCGUCGUCUUCCAGAUGACUGACAGCCAGGUGCUGUCAGCCUUGGAGAACGGGGUCUCCAGGUUCCCGAAUAGAGAUGGAAGAUUUCCUCAGGUGUCAGGGAUCAAAUUCCACUACAAUCCUGCCAAGUCUCCAGGGAGCCGAGUUUUGUAUCAGUCCAUUCGAGUUGCCGGUCAGCCCCUAUCUUCUAACAAAAGGUACCUAAUAUGUACUAGCGAGUUUUUGGCUCAGGGGAAGGAUGGUUACCAAGUCUUUACCAGGUGUCCCGUUUACGUGCACCCAGAUGACACACCCAGCAUAUACUCUCUGAUUGAGAACUUCUUCGAAAGUGUAGACAUCUUGAUGAAGAAGAAGGAACCUCAGAAUCCUCAUUGGCAGGGGAUUCUCAAUUAUCAGAAGUUAAAUCACAUUUUCAUUAUUAUUAUUAUUAUUAUUAUUAUUAUUAUUACUAUUAUUAUUAUUAUUAUUAUUAUUAUUAUUGUUAUAAAAUACAGCAAGAAUAAGCUGCUGGCCCAGCUGAUGGCGUCAUGUGAGGGCCACCAACACCAUCAUCAGGGAGGAGCCGUAGGGGGUAGUUUCGAAGGUUCUGGCAGGGUUAAAGAAAACCCGGUCAAGGCUCAACAAAGGUCAGAGGUCAAAUAUGGAGGGACGAAGGUGGCGAUGGUGGUCGCGAUUAUGAUGAUGAUGAUGAUGAUAUUUAUGUGA